AUGAGUGGCCAGCGAACUCCGCUGGGACGAUCAACGACUGUGCUCUGGCGUGGGCCCUCUUUGUCCAAUCAUGCAACAGAGACUGCCGAAAGCGCCAUGCAAUCACAGGAGGUUCGACUUCGACUAAGCCAAGAGGAGGUGCAAACGGCAGCUGACCUGCUGGAGCUUGACAAGGAGGAUCUGAAAGAUUUGGGACUUAACAUGGUUGAGCGGAGACGCGUGCUCCGCUGGGCCUUCAGUCCAUCUCCGAUUGAUUUUCUGGAGAGUCUACAGAAUACGAACGGGGUGCAGAGCGCUGAAGGGCGUCCGCUGCAAGCUGUGGAGAAGGCCAUCAGCGAUCUGGACAUGUGGUUCGCGCUUGCUGAUGCAACCUCAUUUCCAGUUAACAUCCGUCAACUGAAGGAGUCCUUCAAAGAUGACGCUCACAGGUUCCGACAUUCGGAAGGCGACGCAGGAAGACCUCCAAUGGCCGACUACGACGUGAAAGACUUCAGCAUGCAUGCUCGCAGCAUCAGGGAGAACAUGCUGGAUGAGCACUUUGACUUGACCUCGGAACGGAUCCAGGAGAUCUUUCUGCGAGUCUCCAACGACCGCGAGAUUUGCACACCUGAGGAGCUGCUCGAAGGCUUGUCCAAGAUCGGUAUCACAUGCCGAGAUGUCACGUGUCUGGCCGCACCAUUUCGCCUCGUGAUGGGCCAAAGCAGCGAAAGAGGCUUGCAGCCAAUGGAACUGGAUGUUAUCCUUUCCAGACUGAAAUUGGCACAACUGCUGGGGCGUGGAGAAGGCAGUGUCAGUGGGAGUGUUCCCCCUGGCCGCUUCACGCUGGUGGACUACAACAUGCACAAAGCUGCAGUGCAGGAUCUCACUGGUGAGAGGCUGCUCAGAUACUUCUUCGGUCAUCGAGCUCAAAGUGAGCCAUCUGACAACAUUCACCGCUGGAUCCACAUGAGGGGUUGUCACCUCAUUUUGCUGAUGGCCCUGAUGGUCAAGUAUCGACUUUCACCACUUGGUGUGGAGGAUAUUAUUGAGCAAGGCCCCACGAAGGUGGGGGAGCAUGGCAACAACAUCUUUGUGACGCUGGACUGGUUGCAAGUCGACUCUUCAGCGUGGCGUCAGGAGGGAUGCGACGGAUCUAGCCCCGUCCAGAUCAGCUGCUCGUACCUCACACUGAUCAUCUCCGCGCCACAUCGAGCCGACACCUUGAUUUCUGUGGUGCAGCCCAACCGCCUAUUUGAGCAGGACUGGCCGGGCGCAGAGAAUUCCAAGACAGCUUUCAAUGAUGCAUGGUCGGAGACCCUCAUGGACCGAUUGAAGAGGUUAUCAUCCAGACUGGCGGAGCAUGAUGUCAGGUAUCUGGCCCAACAUGUUGUGCAGCUGUGCGUGGACGAUCUGCUGUCGGUAGUCCGAGCUUUUGCCGCACGCCUGGACAGGCUUGAGGAGGAUUUAAACCCCAAUCCCAGCACAGCGUCUGUGGGAUCAUCUGUUUGGGCAGCCGGUAGCCGGCUGCCGCCAGCGACCUGGCUGGCAGAGGUAUCCCUCAUCCGACUCCAGCUGGCUGUGGUUUGCCGGCGCUUGCGCAAUCAUCGGCUGAUGCUUCGCAGACUGAUGGAGAGAGUGGCUGAGGCUGGCGUAGACAGGAGGCUGGCGGGGUACUUGCGGGACAUUGCUGACGAUGUUGAAGUUUCGUUGGAAGACUCGGGGCACUUGAUUGACAGGUGUGGCGCUUUAGCCUCUUCAUAUGACACCAUCGUCAACAGGGAGGCGGAUGCCCAAAGACGGCAGUCCAAGGAUGCCCUAAUGCGGGAGCAGGAAGAGCAGAACCGCCACGCAGAGCGGCUGAAUGACACACUCUUCGUCUUGACAUUUGCUACAACACUUUUUGCACCUGUGCAAUUUCUGGCGGGUGUGUAUGGCAUGAACUUUGCCGUCGACGGCGAUCCCACCAUUCCGGAACUCAAGUGGGAGUACGGCUAUUUGUACUUUUGGAUCCUGGUGAUUGUUUAUCUCAUCGGCAGCAGCGUGCUGGCGGCUGGAGUUUUCCGACGGCUAAGGAUUCAGCAGAAGAGCGCUCUUCUGCCGAGGACUCGGUACAGCAGCUCAUGGACAGACGAAGACGGAAGUCGGCCACAUCUUCAUGGACGACCUUUUGCUGCAAGGGAGGAUUUUACCGAUCCCUCGCGUCGGCCCCGAACGCUCGUUUUGCAUCAUCGCGGACGUCUGGAUGCGGAUCACGCGAAGAACUGGACGGCAGGGCGCACUUCUGAGCUGACGAAAACAGUCAGUAGAUCUUGCGCCUUUCCUCAAUACAAUGGUGCCAUGACCAGAAAAGCUGAUGGCAUCGCCGGAGCAGACUGGCCAGUCCCUGUAGGAGUCAUAGCAGACACUGCAAGAAAGCUUCUGCUAGAACGUGUCAGCUGUCCUUUUCCUUGCAGCAGAUUGGCACUGGGAGCUACAGAUUUUAUCAAGGUCGAAAACCAAGGGCCUCGAAUAACCGCCUUCUUCGCCGACAAGCCCGGAGCACGCUGUGAAGCCCCUGAGACCUUCCCGGAGCAGUCGCCACUGCCCACAGAGUCGGAGUCUGAAAAUGAAGGCUACGACCUUGAAGGCGACGACGUGCCCAAGAUGGAAGCACCGCCCAAGAUGGAAGCACUGCCCGAAACAGCACCAGCUGCAAAGGACGUGCUUCAAGCCAGCGUUGCUGAGUUUCAUCGCGCGAGCCGUUUGCACUUCCUUGGAACUUGGCGAGAACGUUUCGAGCGCUGGCGUGCAGCUUGUGGGGCAGGGCCGGAAGUUCUAGAGCAGGCGGUGCCACUGCGUCAGGAGGUGGAAAGCUUUCGACAAGAUGAUGCCCAAUCAGUAUGGGCACACUUGGACAUGGAUUGUUUCUUCGUCUCCGUAGCAACUCGCGACAUGGCGAAGUCCGCAGGGGCCGCAACAGAUGAGGUACCCACUGCUGUGGUCUCUGGCCUCGGCGCCAGCUCUGAGAUCUGCUCAGCGAACUACGCUGCUCGCCGUGCUGGGGUGAACACGCAUCUCUGGUCUGUUGAGCGUGCUCGAGCGGUUCUUCCAACGCUUCGGCUGGUUCCCAUAUCAUCUGAGCUGCUUCGCUCGGUUGAAGAGACGUGGAAGAAGGUAUAUCAGCUACUAGUGGUGGCCUGCGGCGACGAGCCAGAUCAUGUCUUCAUGAGAUCUUGUGACGAAGCUGCAUUGCUGGUGAAAGCAAUACCGGAUCCUGUGGCAUGGGCUGAAGCCCUCCGCAGCUCUGUUCGCUUGCAGACAGGCUGCACCUGCAGCGUUGGCAUCGGGCCAACCCAGCUUGUCGCAAAGCUCGCGACAAAGGCAUGCAAGCCAAACGGAGUGCGGAGGAUAUUGCAGGAGGAGGUGAAGCCUUUCCUGGCUGAUCUGCCACUGAGAGACAUGCCCCAGGUUGGGCAUGCUAUGUCCGCAAAGCUGCAGGAGCGUGGUCUGGAAAGCUGCCGCGAUAUCCAAUCCUUGGAGCAGGGACGGCUGCGUGAAUGGUUUGGAGCUAAAGGCGAGACACUUUGGCUCAAUGCACAGGGCCUCGACCAGGAGGUGAGCCCAGCCCCUGCACAAAGGAAGUCUGUCAGUGCUGAGAUGAACUGGGGCAUACGAUGUCAAGACCGUUCUGCUGCCGUAAAGAUCCUGACAGAGGUCUCGCAGCAGCUUUCUGAACGACUCCUUGCCAGUGAUCUACGCGCCAUUCACCUGACUCUGAAGCUCAAGAUUGCCGUGCCUGGCUGGGUGGAGCCCAUCAAGAGAGGUGGCCACGGGCAGUGCGAUGAUGUGAGUCGUUCUGCGCCCCUGCCUGAUGCAAGCAAUGAGCCCAGCGUGCUGCUCAGGACCGCGCAGCACCUGUUCGAUACCUUGUCUCCGGACCCAGUCAGGCUACGGGGAGUCGGCCUUGCUGCUAAGCUUGGAACUGUGAGCUCGAGCUCACGCAGCCCUCAGAAAGCAGCUGCGGGCACCUCCAGCUUGACCAGGUGGUUGAAGCGGGGACCGGCCGAGGCGCCUCAGCCGUCCACCACUUCAACAACACAGGCUGCAGAUUCCACGAUCGUUGUGGAUCUGGAAGCCUCCGAGCAGGAGCCUCACGUCGACGACUGCGUCGAAUGUCCCGUGUGCUCGAAGCUCAUCAGCAGAGCAGAAGCAGAUGCCCACGUGAACAGACACUUUGAGGACAUCUCUGUAGAACCUCCCGCGAAGCGCUUGUGCCCAGCAGUGCCGGCCGGGGAUGACAGCGAGUGUGAGCUUCUGGGGUGA